AUGGAGGCCUCUUAUGAGUACACAUCUCUCCCCCACUCCAGGGCGACGCGUCUGAUCAGGCUCUACUCCGACGCAAACAAAGACGCGCCGCUUGGGUGCGAACUGAGAGAAGUCUCGGUUGACGAACCUCUUCCGCCAUACGUCGCGCUUUCGUAUACCUGGAACGGCGAAGAACCAAGCGUGAAGCUGAAGAUUUCGGCAUCGGCAGGAGACGACCCGGCCGUCACCAGGAUUCUCUUGAUAACGCCCAACUACGCCGCUGCGUUGAAUGUGCUCAGGAACUCCGAACUUGUCCGACAACAUGAACUAUGGGUCGACGCCAUCUGUAUCAAUCAGGCCUGCAAAGAUGAAAAGGGUGCACAAGUAGUGAUGAUGGCGACAAUCUACAAAGAGGCUGAGGAUGUCCUAAUUUGGCUUGGAUCCGAAUGGGCACCCAAGACUUAA